AUGGCUUCCCCGGAUGUGGUCGUGCUAUCGGUGAAGGUUGCCAAGCAGCGCAAGCCUCGUCCACCGCGGAAGGAGCCAGCCGGACCUCAGAAAGUAAAGCGAGAAGUGAAGAAGGAGAUCGAGGAGGCAGACACGCCAACAGGCGCAGUUCAAGGCCAAGGCCCAGACAUCCACGAGGAGCUCAAGGUGAAGGAUGAAGUGAAGGAAGAAGUUGAGGACCUGAAGACAGAGGUGAAAGAGGAGGUUCCGCAGAACGGAGAGCAACACGUGAAGACUGAGAUCAAGGAAGAGCCUUUGAACGGCAAUGAUGAGCGAGUGAGAAAGGAGAUCACGCCGAAGGACAUCAAGCAAGAGGUGAAGGAGGAGGUUUCGAAAGAUGCGCACAUGGAAGUGAAGAAAGAGAGCAACGAGGUCGUCAGCUCUCGCCGAAGAAUGCGCACAAAGGCAAAGCCUGAGAUCAAGCAUGAAGUGAAGCAGGAGGACCAGAAGUGGCCAUGCCAGUUGAUUGGCACUAAGCAGGAGACAGUGGAUGCCCUGCCUGUGCAAGUUAAGCGUGAGAACUUCGAGCAGCCUGGGCCGAAAAGGCGUCGACUGAGCCAGAAGAGUCCUGAUGUCUCCGUUCCAUCCUUCGAAUCGCGAUUGACAGAGUGGGCCGAGAAAUGCCUAGCAUUUCAAUCCUCUGGCAAGACGUGGCUCCCCACGAAGCCCUGCUGUCCGGCCAGCCCGUUUCUCGGAUUAGCCGCAGCUCCGUGGCAAGGGUGUGCAAGAGACACAACAACAGCAUGCGUGCAGCUCCUCGGCAAAGAGCAGUUCAGAGAGCUGCGCGACUUCUACCGCGAGAAUCCACACCAUGCUCUCUUCCAUGACAGCAGUGACUCAAACAGCGAGCGGCAGACAGAGCCUACUUCUGGAUCCAGGCCGCAGGCCCACAGGAGCUCAACCGGCAAUCAGCACCGAGCAGCUGAGUGCAUGAAGAUGUGGCCUUGGAUGCGGGACCUUCCACACGAGCUUGGGCUGGCAAUGGCUGGCUACUCGUGGAGGACGGCAUGA